CUUGCCGGAAACUAAUUUAGUUCUACUUUCUCUCUCCCCCUCCUCUCUCUUUUUUUUUAAUUUAUAAUCACUGUAAAAAGAUGUCUUCCUUGUCUGAUGACACCAUCCGCAGAGUAUUUGUAGAAUUACAAAAUAGAUAUGUUCAGAGUCAACAACAAGUGAACACGAUCAAAACCCAAAUUGCUGGAAAACAGCGUGAACGUAAAUUAGCUGAAUUAACAAGACGUGAAUUAGAUGGAUUAGAUGCUGAUACAAAGACUUAUAAACCAAUUGGAAAAAUGUUUAUACAAAGUCCCUUGAGUGAAAUGAAGCAGCAAUACGUUGAUUCGGUGGUUGCUGCUGAUGAAGAGAUCAAGAAAUUAGAAAAGACGCAAAAAUAUUGGGAACGUUCAGCAUCAGAUGCUGAAGGCAACCUUAAAGACAUUCUUCAAGGUCCUAGAACUUAGUGGGUAGAGUCAUGCAAAAAAGAGAGAAAAAAAAAAGUACAUGUUUACUUGUAUUAGAUGUCAUUAUUAUUUUUGUAUGCUAAUAUUAUUGAAUUAUUACAAGUAAUACGGAUACAUGGAUAAAGAGAGACUCUAUGAUAUGUAUUACAAAAGCUUUGAUUUCCUAUUGCUGCAUUAGCUCACUUUUUGUUUUGUUUUUUACGCUAUUAAGGUUAAAUAAAUAAUAAUAAAGCAACUGAUUUUGGGUCAAUAAUAAAGAUGAAUAAACUGAUACAAGUCAAAAGUUACGACUACAUGAUUUACUCAUAUUUAUGUAUAUAUUUUUCCAUUUUUCUAAAAAAGAAUAAAAAUUCCAG